AAUUUCAAUGAACAUUAGAUAGAUGAUCAACAAUCAUCUGAUUCUAAUCAACUCAUUAUACUUCUUUAAUAUCUUUGUCUUUUCUGGUGUUGUUACUUCUUUUUAAUACCUACCUAUCUAGCUAUCACCUACUCAUCUACCCAUCUACCCACCUAAAUCAUUCCUUCUUUUCCUUGGUGUCGAAUCCUGGUUCGUUCAAUUCUCACAGCUCCCCAGCUCACAGCUCCGUCCGACCCAGCACCAAAAAAAGAAAGAAACAAUUUACGAGUAGAAUUAUUGGAAACGCACCUUUUCUCUCGGGAGUAACUUACAUCACGUCUAGAGUAUUUUUCAGUCCUUGGUAUUGCAACACCCCCCAAAAACCCACCUUGGAAACCCAGACAAAUUACAACUACAAACCAUCAACCCCGAAUAAUUGAAAAGCCUCGACCACGGCAUCAAUAUUUAUUUGCCUUUAAUACUUGUAUGGUGAAUAUCUUCACUUGCGCAAUCUCAUCCCAACAACAGCAUUUCAACUUUAACCCUCAAAAUAACUUCUCGAUCCUAUUGCUUCUCGCAUUCAACUAGCCCGGGUUCUAAUCGCAUUUGCUUGCUUUACGCAGUACACUAAAAGGUUCCCCCCAGACACAGACACUUGAACACAGAACAGAACACCUCAGUUACUCUAAAAAUCACACUUCAACUCAUUCAAAACUGCACAAAAGUUGGCGCGCCACGUACAAUUACAUUAACAGCCAAGUUAAAUUUUUUAUCGAUUGUUUUUCGCUUUCGUUCGUUCAUACCAACUCUGCCGUGCGGCAUUUCGCCUUCAACCGCUUCGCGUCAGAGAGCUGUGGCUGACGGACGGUUUUUCUUCUUCUCAACGGGUGUUGGAUUGUAAGGUUUCACCCUCACCUUCAACUAUUACUACUCGAUCGCAUUCAGGGUCUGCCACGAUGAAUAACGUCAAUAUGUCCGGUAUGCCAAAUAUGGGUGGUCCUGUCGGGGGUGGUAUGCCCAUGAUGAAUAAUGGGGUAGCUGGUGGAGCUGCCCGACACCCUACAAACAAUGAUAACAACCGGUCGCAACUUAACACCUACAUUUAUGAAUACUUCCUCAAGAAUGGAAUGUUCGAUUGCGCCAGGACGUUAUUGAAUCAUGAACAAAUUAAUGUCGUCAAAGAUAGCCCUGGUCGUGGCGACGGGGAAGAUGGGGAUGAUUCUAAAGAUGAUAUUGAUUCGAAGAGACCCAAUGACCUUCCUCUACCUAAUCUUCCCAAAGAAUGCCCUGAAGGCUGUUUUCUGUACGAGUGGUUUUGCCUUUUCUGGGAUAUGUUCAAUGCUCAGCGAGGCAAAGGAGAUGCACGCAAUGUUCUUUCUUACGUCUCGCAUACACAGGUAUUUUAAUUUCGAGCUUUACACAAGCGGUCACUAAAUUUUGAAAUAGCAAUCGCGCCAGAAGGCUGAGCAACAACAAGCAACACUUCGUGGCUUGAAUCCAUUGCAUGGUGGUCCAGCUUAUGGUCGUAUGCCGGGUGGUAUGAUGGGUCCCAAUGAUCUUGCUCGAAAAGCGAUGAUGAACGGUAGAGGCGGUGGACCGUGAGUAGCCAUCUUCACAACUAUACUAAUGCUAAUCACUUCUUGUGACAGAAACCAACAGCAUUUGCAGCAAUUACAGCAAAUGCAGAUGCAAAAACAACAAGUUAUGCAAAGAGAACCUUCGGACGGUAAUCAUCCACAGCGGGCUCAAUCCCCAUCAUCUGCCGAGAACGCCCCGUCUCCAUCCAAGCGACCUAGGCUUGAUGGACCUACCUUUAAUCAACAAGGUGGAAUGGCACCUAAUGGAAGAGGACAAACUACUGGAAUUCCAGCCCAACAGGUGGGAGAAACCGGCCCCAGCAAUACUGUUCAAGCAGCUCAUUUGCCACUUUCACAUGGCAUCGAUUCAAAUCUGACAGCUCAGCAGUUCUCAGGUUUCCAAGGUCAAAAUCCCAAUCAGAAGAAUCUUCAAGCAGCAUACCAAGCCAAUUUGUCUCAACAGCAGCAGAAGCAAAUGUCUGGCGUAGCCGCUGGAGGGCCCCCAAACCAAGGAUCGCCCAUGAUGACACAGGGUGCUGAUAGUAAUGCCAUGGCGGCAUAUGGUUACGGCGCAGGUGAGAUGAAUCAGAAUGGUGUAAGAGGCGCCCCAGGUGGUCCACAAGGUGGUCAGGGUAAUCAUGCGUUGCAGGAUUAUCAAAUGCAAUUGAUGUUGCUCGAACAGCAAAACAAGAAACGACUUAUGAUGGCUCGCCAAGAACAAGAUGCUAUUCGUCCUGACGGUCAAGGAGGACCUGGCGGCCCUGGUAUGGGACCUAACGGACCUAAUUUUCAACAAGGAACUUCACCACAGAGUGGACCUCGAUCAGUAAACUCACCAAACCCAAGUGAACAGAUGAAGCGAGGGACACCUCAUAUGAACAACCCCGGCAUCCCAUCUCCUCUGCCUGAGGGCCAGAAUAGAGGAUCUCCAAGUACAAUGAAUUUCAACAUGGGACAAGGUGGACAGAUGGAUGGAGGGAUGAAUCCACAAUUUUACAAGAUAGAUGGAAUGAAUGGUAACAUGAUGCAAAACGGCAUGCGCCCACCUAGUUCCCACCCUGGGUUUAAUCCACAAGGGAUGUCGCAACAACAAAUCAUGAUGGCACGACAACAAGCCGGUAAUUGGCAGAACGGUCCAAACGGUGGGGCUCCCAUGGUCGCCAACCCCUCGCAAGGUCCUCCACAAGCUAUGGGCACACCCCAGCAACGAAACAUGCCUCCACCAGCAGCUCCUGCCAACGCGGGCGUAAAUGGACGAACUCAACCAUCAUCACCUCAAGGUAGCACUGCUGCGCCUCCUACGCCUCAGCAGUCAAAUAAGGCAAAUCCUAAGAAGAAGAAUGAGGCCAAGGAAACAAAAACAAAGGUAAGUUUCUUAGCGUUAAAUGGAUUUUUUUUUGGUAGAAAUGUUGACAUUGAUGACAGCGCGCUACAAAGAAAGGAUCCGCCGCAAACCUCAACGCUGGUGCUACACCUUCCGCUGACCAAACCCAAGAAGCCGCGACCCCUACUCCAGCGACACCGAUUACCCCAGUACACACGAAAAGUUUCAACAAUGGUCCAAAUCCGAAUGGUGCUGUACAGCCUGUCAAUGGUCAACCUAUGGCGGCUGCCCCGAACGCUGGAGUUUCUUCAUCGCAACCUGAUCCUUUGAAUUCAUUCCCGAUGAAUGAUCAACCGGUAUGUUUAUCAAAUGUGGGAUUUUUUGUUUUAGCACUAACCUUUUACUAGUUUGAUAUGCUCGAAUUCCAGAACCCCAUGGGUGGAAAUUCGGAUGUUCUUACCGAUUUCGAUUUUGAUUCAUUCCUGAAUGAUUCCACUGGCGGUGCUGAUGACACCUAUAACUUUGACCCUUCUUUCCUAGGAGAUAAUGAAAUAUCCGAGACUGUCUGAAGCGAUUCAGUUGCAUAGUGUCAAUUUUCCGGCGUUUUCAGGCAUACUUUGGCGUUUAUCGGGUCAUACCAUUUCGAACUUAUCCUGGCGUAUUGAUUGUCAAUGUGAACAAGAAUCUGAAAUUCAGAAAUGGUUAGAAUGGGCUGGUGGUUGUUGCAAGUGUCUAAAAAAAAACCUCUUUUUACAUAAAACAUAUCACGAUUGUGUGAUGUUGGAUAGGAAUCAAUGGAAGGGGGUCGGGUUCCAUUUGUGUUUAUGCUAUUAUAUUUUUGAUCGAGUCAGAGGACGUACUUAAUUAUUUACCUCACAUUAUGUCUAGCUCGGGCUACUGGGCAAAUUUGUGAGGUGGGAACUGGCGUUACUUUGUUUAAAUGAUUAUCCUAUCUUGUUUAUUCACCACAUUUUUCAUAUUGUGUUGGAUGGGUUAUUUGGAGCUCUUGGGAAAUGGGGAAAGGGAGGAAUUCCUGUGUAUUUAUCAUUGAUGGGUCUAUUUUCUCUCUCUUUUUACUACAAGGAACGGGAUUCAUUUAUUGGGAGACUCAAAGAAGAAUAUUUAUCUUAUCUAUCCUAUCAAAUGCAAUGAAAGUAUGGAGCAUCAGAGUAACUAUAU